UCCUAUGAAAUCCACGUCCCACACGUAAAACACUUUAGUUGAUAGCUAGCAGCAAAAAUGAAGUUCUUAGCUUUGAUGGUUGUGCUCAUUUUGGCCUCUGCAUUGAGGGCCUCGGCUGAUAUCAGUUCGCUUAUCAGCCAAGAUAUGUUCAAUGAGAUGUUAAAGCAUCGUAAUGAUGGUAACUGCCCUGGCAAAGGUUUCUAUACAUACGAUGCUUUCAUUGCCGCUGCUAACUCCUUUGGUGCUUUCGGAACCACCGGCGAUGAUACUACUCGUAAAAGAGAAAUUGCUGCCUUCUUGGCUCAAACUUCCCAUGAAACUACAGGUGGGUGGCCAACUGCACCGGACGGUCCAUACGCAUGGGGAUAUUGCUAUGUUCAGGAACAGGGCAACCCUGGAGAUUACUGUGUUCCAAAUCAACAAUGGCCUUGUGCCCCUGGUAAAAAAUAUUUUGGCCGUGGUCCUAUUCAGAUCUCUUACAACUACAACUAUGGUCCAGCAGGAGAAGCAAUAAAGGCUAAUAUUCUGAAUGACCCCGAUUUGGUAGCCAAGGACCCGACCAUUUCUUUCAAGACAGGUCUUUGGUUCUGGAUGACUCCACAGUCACCGAAACCUUCAAGUCACGAUGUCAUCACCGGCCAAUGGAAGCCAUCUGCAGAAGACACGGCGGCUGGUCGGGUCCCUGGAUACGGUGUCAUUACCAACAUCAUCAAUGGUGGCAUCGAAUGUGGCAAAGGAUCCAACCCUCAAGUUGAGGAUAGAAUCGGGUUUUACAAGAGAUACUGUGACAUACUGAAAGUGAGCUACGGUGACAAUCUUGACUGCUACAACCAAAGACCCUUUGCUUAAUUAUGCACUUUAAUCCAUCGUAUCAUGGGUGGGGUAAUAAAUAUAUGAAAGAAUAGCAUUUACAAAUCAAAUUAUAUUUAAAAUAAUCAUGCUAUUGUACUACGACUAUAUAUAGAUGCAUCUUCCGUGGAGAUGGAAUAAGAUAAAUAUUCAAUAAAUAAAUGAGUUUUUUUAUUUAAUA